UCGUGAUUACGCUCCUCUUCGACUAGUACCACCAUCUUGUUUAUUUCAUCAAUGAAGAGAGUGUAAGACUUAAAAGACGAUUGGAAAUUUUUUAAAGUGGUUUUUAUUUGUGUCUUGAAAACAAUAAAUUGUAACAAAAACUGUGAAUAUGUCCCACGGUGGUAGAAAUGAAUGUAGAAUUUACGUGGGCAAUUUGCCCCCUGAUAUAAGAACGAAAGACAUUCAAGAUCUUUUCUACAAGUUCGGUAAAGUUAUUUUCGUUGAUUUAAAAAAUCGCAGAGGACCACCGUUCGCUUUCGUUGAAUUCGAUGAUCCAAGAGAUGCUGAAGAUGCAGUACAUGCAAGAGAUGGAUAUGAUUAUGAUGGUUAUAGACUACGUGUUGAGUUUCCAAGAGGUGGUGGCCCCAGUAAUAAUUUUCGUGGUGGUCGUGGAGCAGGAGACAGUGGAAGAGGUGGUCGAGGUGAAAUGAAUAACUCUCGAGGACGUGGCCCACCUGCUAGGAGGUCUCAAUACAGGGUCCUUGUUACUGGUUUACCUCCUUCUGGUAGUUGGCAAGAUUUAAAGGAUCAUAUGCGUGAAGCUGGUGAUGUGUGCUUUGCUGAUGUUUAUAAAGAUGGUACUGGAGUUGUUGAAUUCUUACGGUAUGAAGAUAUGAAGUAUGCUGUGAAGAAGUUAGAUGAUUCAAGAUUUAGGUCUCAUGAGGGUGAAGUAGCUUAUAUUCGAGUGAAAGAAGAUCAUAACAGUGGCGAUAGGGGACGUAGUGAAGAUAGGGAGAGAGGUCGGAGUCAUUCACGAAGCUAUAGCCCACGGCGUCGUGGUUCACCUACCUAUUCACCAUUGCGACGUAAUUACUCGCGAUCAAGAUCUCGUUCCAGAUCUCGUUCAUACGACUAGUGUGUACGUAUAUGUUUCACAUGGUAAUAUAAGUAAAGGCUUAUCAAUAUUUGCUUUACCAUGUUUCAUUAUUACUGAUUUGAAUUUCACUUAAAGACACCUUCCAAUCCAAACCAAUUUUGUACAAAUUACAAAAUUAUUCCUGUGUUGCUUGAAUUUAAUAAUUGUAUUAUACCUAAUGUAUAGUUAGAGCACGGUUCAUUUUACAUAUACUAAAACUGUUUUAUCAAAGACCUUGUUGCUAUCAAUUCAAAGAUUUCUAACUUGUGUAAACCUGAAAGAGUAGAUUUUUCAACAGUAAAUAUUAACAUCAAGUUUUAUCUUAAUUUUUUGUCUUGAAAAAGGGGAAUCGUGCUCAUAUUAAUUGCAUAUUACUGUUCAAGAUACACUGAUUAGAGUUACUUUUAUGUUUAAAAAUACAUUCCUUUAUAUUUUGCAAUUUGUUUUGACACUACAACUAUAUUUAAAAUAUGUAACAAUUUUGAAAUAUUACUAAUGAGAAUCUAAGAGGAAGUAACCCAUAUUACUUCAGUGAUUUAAUUAAUGUUCACAUUGGCGAAUAGUAUUUGUUGUACAGCUGCCAAUAUAAUCUAUGUUCAAUGUGAAUGCCUUCAUUUAUUGAUUUAAUACAUGAUCAUUCACAUUGUACUGUAUGAUAUUACCAUUGGUAGCUCUACUAUAAAACUUGAUGUGAACAUAGCCUUUGUUUUUUCACAUUUAUUUAAUCACAUUUGCAGUGAUAAAUACAGCACAUUUUAUAGCAUAUAUAACAUGGAAUUUUUUUAAGCUUCUAAUGCUGAAUGCUUAUCAUAUAAGUUCAUAAAGCUAACAUUUUUCUUAUCGUUAACAGCUAAAAAUUAUUGUGCAUAUAAAUUAGAAUACUAAAUAAUAGAUAACGAGGAAAACGUAUAUUUUUAACAUGCAUAUAUGUUAUGCAAGAUAAAAUACAGUAUAUUGUAUAAUGGAUAUUAUAUUCAAUACUUGAUCAAAACAUUUUUUACUGUAAUUAUUUGCUAUAGAAAUUCUAAAAUUCUUUUUUUCCACCAUAUAUAAUUCCAUUUGAUAUUUAUUAUCCUAUAAAUUUUAUGAAUUUGGAUUUUAAAAUAUUAAUUUAAUGAAAUAUAUUAAAAGGAAUUAUUGAAGACUAUAAAUUCUUACAAACAAUUAAUGUAUGAAUAAAUAUAUCAAAGUUGUCUACACGGCUCGUCGUCGUUUAAGUUGCCACGCAAAUUUAAGUACGAUAAUUUUGGCUAUCUAGUGAUGACAAUACAAAAUAUUAUAUGUGCUGAAAAUAUAACACUUAAUACGUAGAUAAUGUAAUACAUCGAUACUCGUCAACGGAUAGUGCAUAUAGGACAUAAUAUUUGAUAAAUAUAAGUAAAAGAUUUAUUUUUUACUAAUAGAUUAAUAUUCAUAUGACCAAUUUUCUUUGGGCAAAGCUGACAUAUAUAUAUAGCUAUCAUUUAUUAUGCACUGAUAUUGUUCGGUAUAAUAAUUAGCUUAAAAUGUCUUAUGUAUUUGAGUGUUCUUUAACGACGAUCAUUGGGCCAUUUGUUUGGUUUGAUAAAAAGAACUGUGUGUUAUGUAUCACCUUAAAGUGAAAAAUCAAACAAUUCAUACUGAAAUUAUUAUUAAGACCAUAACAAUAUGUUUGUUACAAUUAUUUAGAUGUUUGUGAAAUAUGGAAUUAAAUUUUAAGUUAUACACGACAUAUCUGGAGAGAAAUGUGUUUUUAUGAUAAAAUGAGUCAUUUGGAAAUUUGUUACACAUUUCUCGUUUAACGUUUUCCUUUUAAAAAUUACACAGACUAAUUCUUGAAAUUUUGCAAUACAUGCCUAAACUAUAGAAUUUUCAAUCAUAAAUUAAAGAUGUUGAAGGAAAACAAUGAUUUCGUGUAUUCUUGAGAACAUUAUUAUUGCAAAUUGAUCCUGUGAUAUUUGUUUCUUUCUUACGUUAUUUACAUUCAUUCAUAAAUAUAAAAAUGUGAAAAUUUAAAUUUAAUGUAAGCAAAUAUGCAUUGUUUUGUAUAGUAUUUGCUCAAUUUAUAAAACACUAUUCAAAUAUUGUAAGUCACAGGGAUUACAUUUGCAGUGAUAAAUUUUAUAUAUAAUAUUAAUGCAUAUUGUAUAAGGGACUAAUGUAUUUUUUCUUCUUUUGUAUAUUGGAUUGGAUUGUAACACAAUGAAUGAAAAACUGAAAUCGA